GAAGUAGAUAGACUUCAGAAUUCCUGAUUAUCAUGACUACAUUUUUGUAAUUUAACUAAAUUGAGUAAAAUGCUUUUCUCGCAUUCCGGUGAAGCCAAGUAACCAUAGUUAGUCUGUUAGAGUGAGACUGUGAGGGAGAGUGAGUGUACAACCAAAUCCCCCUUCUCCCUUUCUCUCUCUUCCUCGCCGAGUGAGUGAGUGAGUGAGUGAGUGAGGCAGUCAGCGAGUUCCGAGUUGAAACGGCCGCCGAUAGAGAGAAACAACAAAGAACAAUGCGAUCACCUGCUGGGAAUCAAAAUUCCAAUUCUCUGGUGAGAAUGUCGGGGCAGCCUCAGCCAAUUGAGGUGGUUUACAGUGGAAAGCAGCAUGAUGAAUCCCCCGAUAUGCGAGUGGUUCCUUUCCGUCCAAAAUCACCAGAAUUCGAGCUUCCUGAUGGUUGGGUUGUUGAAGUACGCCCUCGUGGUCCCACUUCUUCUGUUUUGGCUGAUAAGUAUUAUUAUGAGCCUGGAACUGGACGAAAGUUCCGUUCUCUAAUAUCAGUCCAGAGAUACCUAUCUGGAGAGGAAGAUAUUGUUGUGCCUAGGAAAAGUCCAAGCAAUAGUCUGGUGCGAUAUCAACAUUCUGGAACUGUCAGAAGGGUCGCCUAUGGUGGGAAGGUCUUGACACCAGAUGAAUUAGAUGAGGCACGUCAGGCAAAGUUGGAUGACAUUGUUCCUGAAACUUUACAACCUAAAUCUUCUUCCAUAAUUCCUGAUGGCUGGAUUGUGGAGGAAAUUCCACGAAAAUGUGGCACUAGGAGUGACAGGUAUUUUAUUGAGCCAGGAACAGGUCAAAAAUUUCGAUCAGUACCAGAUCUUCAGAAAUAUCUGGCAUCACACAAAUAUAACUCAAAAUGCAAGGCAUUAACUUUGAGAAAUCAUUCAACAGCUCGGCGAAGUUCAGCUCCACGGAAAAAGAAAACUUCACUUAAGAUGUUCAAGACAUUCCAGACAUCGAUUAUUGAUCUUACAAAUCCUCCAGAAAAGAUAAAUUGGGUAUUUAGUGGUGAUGGGAGAGAUAACUGGAGCCCGCUUGUAGAAGAAUGCAUGCUUCCAGAUUAUGUAAAAGAACAAUGGGAAGAAACUUUCUUGCUUGGUAUGAAUGGAUGGAAGCACCGAGUUCCACAGUUGAUGAUGGGCGAGAGCAAUGGGGCAACAAAUUCAUAAACUGGAGAUCCAUUUUCCUUUGUAAAUUUUUAUGAACUGAACUGAUGUUGUACAAUGUACAGUGUUAGGAUUAUCGCACAUUUGAAUGUCUAUCAAAGUGUUAGCUGUUCACUGUGAACAAUAUUGAGUGUACCUCUCUUUUAUAUAAUCACCUUUCGGGCAACUUCCCGAGGGAGGGUGUUUGUAUUUCUGUUGCACAACGAAUUUGCGAUAAAAAGCCUUGUUUUUACAUUGACUAA